UGGUCGAAGUUUACGAUGCCCCAUCACUUUUGGGACUAUUUCGGGAAGCAUUCCCCGAAGCAUCACCGUAAUCUCCAGGAUGGUCUUUUUCAAAUCGCGUCGCAAACGUGUAGUCUUUUGGUUCAAGUGAACAAUACGAACAAUAUAAGUUUCGGCGAAAAUGCCACCAACAUCCAUUGCAACAAUCUUCAUCCUCCAAGAGCGCCAACAACGUCGGGCUCUUCGACCACGACGAAUUCGCGAUCACCCAGUCGACCUGGUAGUUCCAAAGACCAGGAUCAGCUCGUUGUUCUCAUACCUCCGACUCCGGAAAAAAGGAGCAGGUACAAGCCCGGGAUCUUGGGGAAGCCGAGACUUUCGACGGUGUUGGAGUCUCCAUCAUGUGUUAGUCAUGAAGACGAAGCAGAUUUGUGGGCUCAUACAUAUAUGCUUUCAGAUCAUGAUGGUGCUCUUCACAAAAAGUGGAACAAGGAAACAUGGUGUAAACCAUCUUGUAUUCCGAUAACUAUAAUUUUAAUACUCAUAUUCCUGGUUGUAUUAUUACCGCUGUUGGAUCAUGCCAUGACAAAAGCAGAUCACAGUACUUCAAUCAAACCUGAAGACUUGUGUAGAAAUUCUUGCAGACUAUCAUUAGUAGAAAGUAUUCCUGAUGGUCUUAAAUAUCCUGACGGUACUGCUGUACAUCGUUCUACAGCGAGUACCUGGUUAGAUCUUAUAUCAACUGCACGUGAGUCUAUAGAAAUAGCUUCCUUUUAUUGGACAUUACGACAAUCAGAAAUUUAUCCAGAUCCUUCUUCAGUGCAGGGUGAAAAAGUUUUCCAAGCAUUACUGAAUGCUGGCACCAAACGAAACAUAUCAAUAAAAAUUGCACAAAAUUCGCCAACUCGUGAGCAGCCUAAUACUGAUACAGAAUAUCUAGUUAAAAGGAAAGCUGCAGAUGUUCGUAGUUUAAAUUUUGUUCAAUUGUUGGGUGGUGGAGUACUACAUACAAAGUUCUGGAUUAUUGACAGAAAACAUUUUUAUGUGGGCAGUGCAAACAUGGACUGGAGAGCCUUAACCCAGGUAAAAGAAUUGGGUGUUGUUGCAUAUAAUUGUACCUGUCUUGCUGAAGAUAUGGGUAAAAUUUUUGAUGUCUAUUGGUUCUUAGGUAACAGUAAGGUAAAGAUACCUACACACUGGCCCAUCAGUUUUGGCACAGAUUAUAACAUUGAUAAUCCACUUAAAGUAAAUUUCAGUAAUUAUACCUUCCAUUCGUUCAUUUCGAGUUCGCCGCCCCCAUUCUCGGCUUAUGGUCGUACAGACGACAUAAAUGCCAUUUUACAUGUGAUACAAACCGCUGAAAAAUUCAUUUACAUAGCAGUGAUGGAUUAUUCACCUCAAUUCUUGUUCACUCCAAAAAUCAAGUAUUGGCCUGUUAUAGAUGACGCGCUACGAGUAGCAGCCAUAGAACAUUCUGUAAAGGUGCGAUUGCUUAUUAGCCUAUGGAACCACACGAAAUCAUCUGAGGACCACUUUUUAAAGUCCCUUGUGGCUUUAAACAAUGUCCAUUCGAAGGUAUCUAUAGAAGUGGGUUAUUUUGUGGUUCCUGCAAAUAACAGCCAGCGAAAAAUACCGUAUGCUAGAGUGAAUCACAAUAAAUAUAUGGUAACCGAUAAUACGGCUUAUGUAGGCACUUCAAAUUGGUCGGCAGACUACUUUACAGACACGGCAGGUGUUGGUCUUAUAAUGCACGAUCCCGAAUUACAUCGUAACGAGACCGAAAAUACAAUACGUAAAGAGUUAGAAGCUGUGUUUGAGCGUGAUUGGAACUCUAAUUAUACAAUUUCUAUAUUACAAACAUGUAAUGAGUAAAGUGCCUGUAGAGCAAUGUAAAAGCGAUAAUAAAUAUUUGAGUGUUA